AUGGAUGCUCUCGUGUCGCGGCUGGACGCCCUCGUUACAAACCCGGAUCUCGCUCCGCUAUUGUCGUUGCUAAAGGGUAUUCGCAAUGGCGCGGUCUACGGUGCUAAAGUGCGGUUUCCGCAUGCUCUGGUCAUGAUAUUCCUAUUCCGCUCUGGAACCAUACGGGAAAAGGUCAAGCUAGUACUCAAUGCUACACGACAGCAUGCCCGAAAUCUCGCCGUAUUCUGCCUUAUAUACAAAAGCUCUAUGAUUGUUUUGCGCAAUAUCAAUCCUGCUGGUGUCGGGAAAGAGGGGCAAUACGAUAGUUUCUUUGCGGGGUUGAUGGGAGGUUAUGCGGUCUUUGGCCGACAUAAAUCAAGUGUCACGCAACAGAUUGUGAUCUAUAUCUUCGCGCGUGUCGUCCUCGGCUUCGCCAAGCUCUCCGUUCAACCUGGCGCGCACCCUCUCUCAGAUCUCAUGGGCCCUGAAGGGCGGAAACAUAUCGAAAACAAUGCCUGGGCUGUUUUCGCUUCCGUCAGCUGGGCGCUUGUCAUGUACCUCUUCCGCUGGCACCCGGAGACAUUGAUGUCGAGUCUACGGAGCAGCAUGGUUUACAUAUAUGCCGACUCAGAUCACUGGGACUCAUUCCGUAACUUGCUAGUCCACAACAAAUAG